CGCUCGGCUGGGCUAGGCUCGGCUUGGCUCCGGCAUGGAGGCGCUGCGGGCGGCGGGACGCGCCGUGCUGCGAAGCCCGCGCCUCGCCCGGCACGGCCUGGGGCUCCGCCGGCGGCGCAAGCUUCCUGAGAGCUGGGCUGAUAUGCAGGAACCGCUGCUUGAGGGGAUGUGCUUCACACUCAAGUAUCUAGGCAUGACACUGGUAGAAAAACCCAAAGGAGAAGACAUGGCUGCUGCUGCCAUCCGAAGGAUUGUGGCCACGGCACGGGUGGGAGCUCGCAAGUUCCAGAAGGUGAUUCUGACAGUGUCUCCGAGGGGCAUCUCACUGCAGGAUGCAGACACCAAGGAGAUGGUUGAGAACAUCUCUAUUUACAGGAUCUCCUACUGCACAACAGACAAGCUGCAGAACAAAGUCUUCGCUUAUGUUGCCCAGAGCCAGGAGAGUGGAGCACUGGAGUGCCAUGCUUUCCUCUCACCCAAAAAGAAGAUUGCCCAGGCUGUGACUCUGACUGUGGCCCAGGCUUUCCAGAUGGCAUUGGAUCUCUGGGAAGCAGCACAUACAGGCUCUAGGCAGGAACAGCCCCUUCACCCUUCAUGUGUCUUGGAGAGCAGUGAGCCCAGCAGACCCAGUGAGCCAGCCCCCCCGGGGAGCCCUCCCUUCAGACACCAGUUUGGGGUACAGUAUGUGCAAGUCUGGCCCAUGCCCAGGGAAUGUCUCACAUUAGGGAAGGAAAAGAGUAACCCUUAUGCAGCUUCCACCUCCUGACCUUCCAGGACCCUGUGAAUGUUUGUGUAGCCUCCCUUGACUGACAUGAAGAAGGGGACUGUGCUCUGCUGGCUCCCAAGGCAGGGAUGGUUCCUUGGGUAGUCUUUGCUCUAGGAGCUCUCCUGUCAGGCCCAGCAUUGUUGCAUCCCUCAGCCCUGCUCAGACAGGGAGUUGGGACCUGCUCUGCACACUUAGUGCCAUGGCUAGGAGUGAGAUGCUGUCUCUGAAGGAGAGGACUUUUUGGUCAUCAUCUUGCCAGCCUGGGCUGUGUGGUCAGCCCUGCCCAUCUGCACUACACCCUCUGCACAUCCAGAGCCCAGCAAAGCAUUGCCAGAGUUGCUGGUCUCACAGUGUCCCUGGCCAGGAGCCUCUGGACGCUUGGUUCUCGGCCUCACGCUUGCAGUGGCGGCCCAGCCUGGGGCAUCUCAUGCUUACAGCCUGCUCCUGGGUGGUCCCUCUGCCUGACCCUCCAGCUAAAGAUGUCUCUGGGCAAAGGUGCUCUGGGUGCAGCAGCCAUCUUGGCUUGUUUCCUGCUCACAGCCCUUGUUUGUGCUCUGCUGACAGGGGGGGUGUGAGCAGAGCUGAGGUCUCUUUGCCCUUAUGCCUGAGCCCUAAAGAUUUCAGCAGCACAGUGCUGCAGGUGCCACCUUUUCCCCUUUGCCUGUGCCUGGUGGGUGACCAUGUCUUGUAGUGGGGCUGGGGACUGCCCUGUGGCUCUAGAACAGGCUCUGGGCAGCCCAGUCCUGCUCCUGACAUAGACUGGCCCAGGCAGCAAGGUGUCAUGGUUGGCUUUGUUUGUUUGCCAGGAGGAGGAAGAGGAGGAGGAAGAUGAUAACAUCGGUGAAACCUUAUCUAGG